CCUUUCCCUCUCUCAUUUUCUCCCCGUCUCAUAUUUCUUGUGUUCUCCCUUUUAAUAAAAGCUCUUCUUUAUUCCGCAAUCUAUUUGCUCCUCUCUUCUUCUUCUUCUUCUUCAUUGGUUCAUUGAAACCCAAAUUCAGACACUCGUUCAGCAUAGUCUAUAAGGAGCAAUGACAACUUGUAUACCAGCUGGAACUGGUAAAUUGCAUUUUAGAGUAAGGGACUUCAACGCACAAGGUUGUAGAAAGGCUUCUUGGGUCACAUUUAGUGACCUUUCAUGGUCGCGCAGGGUUUCAAAGUUCUUACAAAUUCAGAGAUGUAACUCCUCCCAAUCUCCAAUUACUGAGAGCUCAAAGCUCUUAAGAACCGUCACCUCAUCAAGGUUGAGAGAUGGUGACACUAAGUUUUUCGAUUUUAUUGUUAUUGGUAGUGGAGUUGCUGGCCUCCGCUAUGCCCUGGAAGUGGCAAAACAUGGAUCUGUUGCUGUCAUUACCAAGGCUGAGCCUCAUGAAAGUAAUACAAAUUAUGCUCAAGGUGGUGUUAGUGCUGUACUGUGCCCUUCGGAUUCUGUGGAGAAUCAUGUUCAAGACACCAUCGUAGCAGGAGCUUAUCUAUGUGAUGAGGAGACGGUCAGAGUUGUUUGUACAGAGGGACCUGAAAGAAUUAGAGAAUUAAUUGCAAUGGGUGCAUCAUUUGAUCAUGGGGAGGAUGGCAACUUGCACCUAGCAAGAGAGGGGGGUCAUUCUCAUCAUAGAAUUGUUCAUGCUGCUGAUAUGACGGGAAGGGAGAUUGAACGGGCACUCCUGAAGGCAGUUCUUCAGGAUCCUAAUAUCUUCAUGUUUCAACACCAUUUUGCUAUAGAUUUGCUAACAUCUCAGGAUGGUUCUGAGACAGUCUGCCUGGGUGUUGACACUUUAAAUACUAAGACACUUGAGGUGAGACGAUUUAUUUCAAAGGUCACUUUACUUGCAUCAGGUGGGGCUGGACAAAUCUAUCCGACUACUACAAAUCCCCCGGUAGCCACUGGAGAUGGAAUUGCCAUGGCUCAUCGAGCUCAAGCUGUGGUUUCCAAUAUGGAGUUUGUUCAGUUCCACCCAACGGCUUUAGCUGAUGAAGGCCUUCCUGUCAAACCUACCAAGGCUCGAGAGAAUGCAUUUCUCAUCACCGAAGCUGUCAGGGGUGAUGGUGGCAUUCUAUACAAUUUAGAUAUGGAAAGAUUCAUGCCACUAUAUGAUGAACGAGCAGAACUUGCUCCCAGGGAUGUGGUGGCUAGAAGCAUAGAUGACCAACUUAAAAAACGUAAUGAGAAGUAUGUGCUACUUGAUAUAAGUCAUAAGCCAAGGGACAAAAUUCUAUCACACUUCCCAAAUAUUGCAGCUGAGUGCCUUCGAUGUGGCUUGGAUAUAACUCGCCAGCCAAUUCCUGUAGUUCCUGCAGCUCAUUAUAUGUGUGGGGGUGUUCGUGCUGGACUCCAUGGAGAGACAAAUGUGCAGGGCCUUUAUGUGGCAGGCGAAGUUGCUUGCACAGGUUUGCAUGGAGCUAACCGUCUUGCUAGUAACUCAUUGCUUGAAGCUCUGGUUUUUGCUCGAAGAGCAGUCCAACCCUCCAUUGAUCACAUGAAGAGCUCUAGCCUUGACUUCAGUGCUUCAAAUGGGUGGUCCAGACCAGUUGUGCCCAAGUCACUUGAGCAAAAUGCGAUCAACAAAAUAUUGACAAAAACCAGGGAAGUAAGAAAAGAACUGCAAUCAAUCAUGUGGAACUAUGUUGGAAUUGUACGUUCUACAACAAGGCUUGAAGCAGCAGAGCAAAAGGUACAUGAUCUUGAGGCAAAAUGGGAGGACUACUUAUUCUGUUUGGGAUGGAAAUCGUCAAUGGUGGGGCUUGAGGCUUGUGAAAUGAGAAAUUUCUUUUGUUGUGCAAAGAUGGUGGUGAGCAGUGCCCUUGCUAGGCAUGAGAGCCGUGGACUUCACUACACAAUUGAUUUUCCACAUGUUGAAGAAAGUGAGAGGCUGCCAACGAUAAUAUUUCCUUGUUCGUCUGUGAAGAGUACAUGGAGUUCUCGGCAACUACACAAUCAGCCAAUCUGUUAGGAAAUGCAGUUUUCUGGGAUAUGUUUUACUCAGUCAUGCUUAUUGGUAUAGAAAAUAUAGGCUCUCAUCGUCAUUAAUAGUUCAUUUUUAGCUUCCAGAACUGUUUUGGUUCAAGUUGAAGCAUCAGCGAUUUGGGCAGCUUCUGGUGAAAAUCCAUACAGGUUGCACUUUUAGUCCUUCCAUUUUCUUUCUUUCAAGGUUAUACUGAUUAACUGAUUCUUUGGUUCAAAUAAAAGAAAUGAAAAUAUUUCCACCGGGUAAGCUCAACACAUUAGCAUUGAUGUCUCUGGGGCUAGAACCAUGUGAAAUGUAAUUUAACUGCAGUUACCAUAGUUGUAGUCAUCUAUUUUAAUCUUUUACUCUAGCAUUACUUCUCUUACAAUACAACGAUGUUGUGCGUCUACUAUAUGCAUUGCCAUCUCUUAGUGAAG